GUGCAGGUCCAAAAUAUUUCAAACCUUAAACAAUGGAUUUGGACUUGUUUCUGCAUAUGCUUUAUUUGAAGGGAGAAAUAGAUGAGCAGCAAUCAAUAAACAGGCAUUUAAUUGGGAAAGUGGACUCAUAUGUAGACAAAAUAAGAAAACUUGAGCAUAAGAACAAGAUUUUAUCAGAUAAAAUGGAAGUAUUGGCAAAAAAGACAUCAAAACUUGAUUUGAAGAACAAGAGCUUGUCCAUGAAUGAUAAAGCAUCCACUGAAAAAGUAGCAAAGCUUGAGGAACGAAAUUCUGAAUUAAUGAAGUCAAACAAGAAAUUGUACACUAAAUUUAAAAAAGAAAAAAUGAAAGCAAGAGCUUUGGAAAACAACAACCCAAACAAAGAGGAAGAAGAACAUGAAAGUUUUGCUUCAAGAGAUUCUUCCAGCUCACGCUCCAAAGAAAAUGUAGGCCCUAAUGAUGAUGAUGAGAAUCAAAUGGCCCUUGCAGGAUCACAACCAGCUCUAGAAAAUAACUAUAAUAACAAUCAAGAAGAAAUGGACUCAAAUUCAUCAGAUCAUGCACCUGAAAAAUUAAGCAAGGGUUGUCAGUGUGGGCCCUGUGGCACAUUCUGGAUCUCAAGUGCAGACUUGGAGCUCCUACGCCAGACUCACAGUGCUGAGCAGAUGCAGGCGCUGUCAUCGUUCCUUCAUCCCAUCGAAGACCUGAAGGCCGCCAUACACACGGAAGUGCCUACUCCUGUCAAUGACGUGCCACCCUCAUCUCCAAAGAAAAACCUAACAGCAUUCGAUGUUAAUGAUGUCGACUGAAAAUCUGGUCAACUUUUCAAUAAUUUUUUACUUGACCUAGAUGUUUUAACUUGGCAGUUUUAACUGCCUAAUAUAUUUUGCUGCCCACUCAAGGAAUUAGGUGAUUCUAGGUUAAUUUUGAUUCUAGAUAUUAUUUUUUGUAUGUAUCUUUAUUUGCUUCUUUGUAGAGGCAGUUACAGUGGAACUUGUACUUGUAUUCUAGUAUUAUUGAUUUCUGUUCUUAUUGUCCCAUUUCUCUCACCAAUAGCCUUUUUGUGGAUCAAUUUGAUUAACCGUUUAUUGUUUGUUCGGAAUAUUUCAUUUAAUUUUGAAAUCAUGAUUUUAUUUCAAUGUGCGCUUGUACGGAUAUAUUUUAUACUCAAAUAUAUAUUGUUUGAUGCAGCAGGAUUUUGGUUGAGCUUACAAAAUGAUAGAUGUAGAAAGGAACAUAAUUAAGCACCAAAGAGUGAGUCAAGAUUUUGAUGGAAGAAAAUUAAUUUUAUGUUCAAUGAUAACCGGCAUCUCCUUGUCAUAACUAUUACGUUGCAACGAAGUUACUGAUGUUGCCAGUGUAUAACGGUGGCUUUGUUUAGUUUAGACUUGUGAAAGUAUCAACACAGUACUUAGUUGUAAUGUACUUCAAGAAUGUCGAUCAGCACAAUUUUUUCGCCCACGGUCAUCUGAUGCAUGUCUAAUGACGUAUUUUGCAGCUUAUCCAAAUAACAGUAAACACCGCCAGUGCCGUAAUACUUAGACGUUGUUUGCUCUCUAUACCAGCUUUGUUGAGGGCUCACCGUCCAUUUCCUCGUCAUUUCAUGCCUUGGUAAUUUCUCAUCUGUUUUAGUCAUGUUGAGAUCUUUUCCAAUGAUCUUUCCUGACGGCGCCAAGUUUGAAGACAAGAAGUUCAAGUGGGAAUGGAGAAAAUCAAAAUAAAUUUUCUAUUUUUUUUCGGCAAUGCAGCCUUGGUAAUAGGUAUAUGCGAGAUUAACCAAAGAAGGCAUUAAAAACUUACAUAAUUAUUUCUCAUGCUCUUAUAUCAUAUAAAUUGAGGUCUUUAAAAUCAGUAUCCCUUCUGCACUUCUCUAAUCUCAUGUAAGGUACAACAAGAUGCCCUUAUUCUGCCCAAUGGCAAUUCCAAAUUGCCCUGCGAACAUAGCGUAAUGUAAAGAGGAAAAGAAGCACUUGAUUCAUGCCA